AGGCCUUGUCCAAGGCCCACGAAACGUUUGGCUCAAGGUUUGACGUGCUCCGCAACAAGCCGCUCUGGCGCAGCGCACCAUGGCCGAAGGACCGGACCCCCGUGACGCAGAGCUGAGAGACUUGAACCGGAAGUUCGAAGAGCUCAUGCGAAAAGUUGAGAACAAGGAGCAAAAGGAUGAUGGUGCUCUCCCAGACUGGUACCGCUUCCCAGACCCUCUGAUCCCAAGCUGGCUGACUCACGAGUCUCCCUUGCAGCAGCCGGCGCAGCCCGAUCGUUUGGCCUCGGUGAUCGCGUCCCAUGAGUGGCCAGGCCGUGGUGGAUUCAACUGGUCAGUGUGCUUGCCCACUAAUGGGAAGAGCUGAGACGGGCUCAAGACGGGAUGAAACUGGGGCACCCUGGGUCCGGCAAAAAGUUGCAUCAUGCCAGUGACACCGGGAGUUGGUUGAUGUUCCAG